AACAAAAAAAAAAAUAACAACAGAAGCAGAUAUUCAAAACAUUACAUCUCACCGGAAACAAUGGAUAAGAAGCAAGUGGCCAUCGUCGGAGCUGGAGUCAGUGGUCUCCUCGCCUGUAAAUACUGUCUCUCCAAAGGUUUCAAACCCAUCGUAUUCGAUACCGAACCCGACAUUGGUGGUGUAUGGGCUAAAACCAUCAAAACCACCAGGCUGCAGACGCCAAAAGCUUUGUACCAGUUUUCUGACUUCCCAUGGCCGACGUCGGUAACCGAUGACUUCCCGACCCAUCAACAAAUUCUGGAUUACAUCCGUGCCUAUGCCACUCGGUUUGAUCUCAUUCCCCACAUCCGGUUUCUUUCUCGAGUUAAGGGGAUCAGCUAUGAUGGACCGUCGUCGGAUACAUGGUCGCUGUGGAAUGGCACCGGUGAACCUUUUACAGAGUGCAAGUGGAAUGUUACCGUUGAAAACACUCAAACUGCCACCACCCAAGUUUACACUGUGGAUUUUGUGAUUCUAUGCCUGGGAAGAUUCAAAGAUGUUCCAAACAUACCCGAAUUCCCCGUCGGAAAAGGGCCAGAAGAUUUCAAAGGGCAAGUGAUACACUCUAUGGAAUACGCAGCAAUGGAUGACAAUGCGGCUGCAGAAUUCGUGAAAGGGAAGAAGGUAGUUGUUGUGGGCUUUGGUAAAACCGGACUCGACAUUGCAAGGGAGUGUUCGUCGAUCAAUGGCCUGGAACAACCAACAAGUAUAGUGUACAGGCGUGAUCAUUGGAAGCUACCGGAUUGGGCUCCAUGGGGAAUCCCGUUGCCGCUUCUCUACUUGAAUCGCUUCUCGCAUCUUCUGGUUCAUAAACCCAGUGAAGGUUUCCUGCUUAGUGUCCUUGCCACUGUGCUUUCACCUCUUCGUUGGGGGGUCUCAAAAUUUGUUGAAAGCCACAUAAAAAGGAAGGUUCCUCUAGCUAAGUUCAACAUGGUACCACAACAUAGCUUGUCAAAAGAUGCUCGAUCAUGUAUGAUUUCCUACAUGCCAAAUCCAAAUGACUUCUUCGAUGAGGUUGAGAAAGGAAGCAUCAAGUUGAAGAAAUCCCAAACAUUUAGUUUUUACGACACAGGGAUUCUGAUGGAAGACGACAAUACAACGAUAGAAGCAGAAGUAGUUAUAUUUGCCACCGGAUUUAAAGGUGUUAAAAAACUUGAAGACAUAUUUGAAUCUUCGACAUUCGGCCAAUCCAUUGCAAGCUCACCACGAGUCCCUCUUUACAGGGAAUGCAUUCAUCCACGGAUACCGCAGCUAGCCAUAAUUGGAUUUUCCGAGAGUUUUUCAAACCUUUACAUCUCGGAAAUGAGGUCAAAAUGGUUAGUCGCGCUUCUUGAAGGUGCGUUCGAGCUACCGAGCAUAAAUGAGAUGCAAAAAGAUAUCAUGAAAUGGGAUGAAUAUAUGAAGCAAUCAGCUGGGGAAUACCAUUGCCGAUCGGCUAUUGGUGAAAUAUGGUACAAUGAUCAAUUAUGCAAGGACAUGGGCAUGGACCCUAUGAGAAAAAACGGUCUCUUGGCUAACCUUUUUGAACCUUAUGGGCCCAUGGAUUACACCAGAAAAUGAGCCCAGUAGUCAUCCAAGGCCCAUGCUUUAUCCAUUAUGUAGUUGUAAGUUGUAUGUAUUACACAAACUAGUAUCAUGUAAUUGGGCUAACACUUCACUUUUGGGCCCGAAGUGUUCUCCAAAACCCAAUAAACAUCACUUGUAGACUUGUAAUCGUGUACACUUAUAUACAUUGUCAUAUUUAUAUAAUUAUUUUAACACUUACUUUAAAA